AUGUCCAAUCGCUAUCAUGCACAACGCAAACAUAUAUUGAACUCGCUUGAUUCUAUUCUGCUGCAACUGCAUUGCUUGUCUUUCUUUCAGUCUCCUUCGAUCAUUCACCUUCUUCUGCGAAUCAUUUGUCAAAUCAUCUGUCGGGAGCUCAUUCCCCCGCUACCACUCGGAGGGUUCCUUGGGGUGCUGGUGGCCCUCAACGGGCCUAGUAUAUGGACUCAUGCGAUAUAUGGUGCACACGAGGGAAGGGCAAUCAUUCUGGAUUUUGUUGGACUGGGCUAUGUUCCUACGAAAUUGCAACUUCUCAGUCUGGACUUACUCAUUCUCUUCCUACAAUUCAUACUCACCAUCGUUUCAUUCGAAAUCUGUAACUUUGGAGAAAAGCGUGAAGACAACUCAACCAAUAAUACACCCCUUCCGCCAUGGCCAUUGUCCGGCGAAACAAUGUCCCUUGGGGCAUCUCUAUCUAGCCAAAAGGGCUCUGUUUUUCCGGAUGAUUCCCUACACUAUGUUCUCGAUAUCCGGCUAUCUUCUACCCUAACACGAUUGCGAAGUGUUCCUUCAACUGCCCGAAACCAUCAAAACCAAAAUUCCCUUUUACCACUCCCCAAUACAACUUCUUGGACAGUACCAACCGAAAUGACCCGCUUUAUGAGGUCAGGCUCAGUCAGAAGUCCUGCUGGCGGAACAGCUGGUGGAAGAGAGAGCAAUAACGUUCCAGGAUCGUUGGACGAUGCUGAUUAG